UCCACAGAGGAGUGGCUGAUCUUGAAAUGUCACACCUAGACCCAGCUCAGACCUCUCCUCUGCCCACCCUGUUGCACAACACGAGCGGACUUUUACGGGGAUGAUUCCGCUCCAAAGGACAGAUGGAGGCAUAGCUCGCUGGAGGCCAAGACCUGCGGCAUAAGUACAACUAUGACCACCAAUGGGCAGGAUUCUGGGCCCUGCUUUGUGAACCAUGGCUUCCAGCAGGAAGUAGAGGAAAGGCCCCCUCCCUUCAACCCAUCCACGAGUCUGUAUCCGCAGCUGUCCCAGGACCGCCCCUCUGACGUGCCCCAGUACAUCCCCCAUAAUGCCCCUAGUGUCUCAGCUCUUGCCCCUGCUGUUGCCCCUGCUCUGACCCCUGCUGAUGCCCCCUCUCUGACCCCUGCUGAUGCCCCCUCUCUUACCCCUGCCGCUGCCCCUGCUGUUGCGCCUGCUCUUACCCCUGCUGUUACCUCUGCUGUUGCCCCGGUUGUUGCCCCUGCCCUUGCCCCGGCUGACACCAGCGUCACCAUGAGCAGCCCUAUGCCGGAGCAGGCAGCACCAGCGCGGUACAGAAAAGGAGUUAAUACAACUUGCUUUAAAUGGCUUGGGGUCGGAUUGGUCAGCGUGUUGCUGCUCCUGGUGGUUGCUGCUGUUCUGCUGUGGUACUUCUUGUCCUCCAGGUGUCUUUCCGGGUUGUCCUGCAAUGGCGGGGGUCACUGCAUCAGCGCCUCCCAGUGGUGUGAUGGGGUAAUUGACUGUCCGGGGGCGCAGGACGAGGCACAGUGCUGUAAGUCCACUGCCACCUGCGAUGACAUCAUUUUGGGGGUUGGGGCGGGGAUUCAGGCUGGGACGGAGAGUGUCUCGGCGGCGGCAUGCGGCCUGAUUGGAUACGACAGAGAGACGUACGUUACCUCUGAAGAGGUCGGUUUCUAUGACGCUGACGGGUACAUGCAGCUGAUAUAUGGGUCAGACCCUGAUCUCAUUCUGCAGCAGAACCUCGUCAGUAGCGAAUCCUGUCCUGCCAAUCUCGUCGUCUCACUGCGCUGCAUCGAUUGCGGUACCCGAGUCCCCCCGGCUCGGAUCGUGGGAGGGGAGGUGUCCACCAAGGGGGCAUGGCCGUGGCAGGUCAGCCUUUGGGCUGGGUUUACGCACAUGUGCGGCGGGUCCAUUAUCACCCCCUACUGGAUAGUGACGGCAGCGCAUUGCCUGGAAACGUUUAAUGAUCCCAGUGACUGGACUGUGUACGCCGGACGCCUGGACCAGUACGACAUGUUCAGCGCCACAGGAAGCUCCGUCUCCCGCCUCAUCUCCCACGCCUAUGACAGCUCAUCACAGACCAAUGACGUCGCUCUCAUGAAGCUGAGUCGACCACUUAAAAUGUCAGAUGUCGUGAAGCCCGUGUGUUUGCCGAACGCUGGGAUGGACUUCGUCGCCCCCAGAACGUGCUGGACUUCAGGAUGGGGAGCCAUACGCGAAAUGGGACCCUCCUCCCAGUUUCUGAGGGACGCCGAAGUUCCGCUGAUCGACAGGUCGCUCUGCAACAGCUCGCUGGUGUACGACGGAGCGAUCGCCGGCACCAUGGUGUGCGCGGGCUACCUGGAGGGCGGAGUGGACUCCUGCCAGGGCGACAGUGGGGGACCCCUGGUGACAGAAGAGGCGUCUGUAUGGUGGCUCGUAGGGGACACUAGCUGGGGCUUCGGCUGUGCCAGGCCCAACAAACCCGGUGUCUAUGGCAACGUGCCGGCCUUCUUGGGCUGGAUCUACGAACAAAUGCAGAACUACAGAUGAACAAACCUGUUGGAUCUCACCGUACACAAAUUGCCAAAGAAACUCCAGAAAGUCUGAUAUCUUUAGAUCUAAGAUUUCCAUUUCUUUUAGAUGAAGAAGUAGGUUGUUUACUUUAUUCUCUUGUGUACUCUAAAAAGAUUUGAGUUUAAAUAUUUCCCCCCAUCAAUGGACUGUUGAAUGUAAAUACACUAAAUACAUUAAAUGUAAUACAUUAAAUGUAAAUCUGAUUCACAACUGAAGUGUACCACAUCUGAUACAUUUCAAAGAACCAACACUGUCUACACUUAUUUAUUGGUAUUUUCAUAAGAUCUACGCAUGUUAAAAAAUUUCAGAAAUUAAACUAUCAUCAUUAAAUUGUAGUAUAAAUAUAACGCGUUUGGACAAAUUCAGUGACCAAGUGUCUU